CCACACGCAAUUUUCAGUGUACGGUGAUCCAAUUCAUCAUGAUCCUGUGAUAUCCCUCUAAAAAAUAUAUCCAAAAAAGCCCCCAGUGUGUCCUAAACUCUGAUCCACGAGGCUAAGUGACAAACAGCCUGAACCCAUCUCAAUCCAAAGAAUUAUAAAAUAAUUCACAUCUCCAGUGCGUGAUGACAAGCCCUGACGAAUAUUCCCGAGUUUCUACCCAACUUUACUGACUUUUUGGGACGAAUGACAAUUUCCAAAGUGUGAUAAAUCUGUCGUAGGAACUCGUGAAAGACUAUUCGAAAUGUCUGGACAGAGUGGAGGGAGACUGAAACUGGCCAAGCUCAAUGAGCAGCUCACUUGCAAAUUGUGUCACGGAUAUUUUAUCGAUGCUACGACAAUUAUUGAGUGUCUACAUUCGUUCUGCAGGAGUUGCAUCGUCAAGUAUUUAGAGACAAACAAGUACUGCCCGAUAUGUGAAGUGCAAGUUCACAAGAGUAAACCUUUAUUGAAUAUUCGUCCUGAUCACACACUCCAGGAUAUUGUCUACAAGUUGGUACCUGGAUGCUACCAAAAUGAGAUGCGUUGUCGUCGUGAAUUUUACGAGAAGCACCCGGAGGCCCCACUAUCCUCAAUGUCCCCAGAGGCUCGGGGGGAGCCUAUCGAGUCCCAUAUAUACUCACCAGACGAAUCCCUCUCCCUCUCUCUGGAGUACUACAAUCCAACGUUAAACGACAGCCCAAUCUGCUCAGAGACUGACGAGGAGAAAUCCUCCUCCUCCUCGAAAUCCUUACCCCGUCGGUAUCUCCGGUGUCCAGCAGCAGUCACUGUAUUUCAUCUGCAAAAACUCAUUCGAGCUAAAUACGGUCUGAGUGACGCCCACCGAGUGGACAUAAUGUACAAGGAGGAACCUCUCUACGGUAACUAUACAUUAAUGGAUGUCAUGUACAUUUACCACUGGCGUCGAAAGGUGCCUCUUCACCUCAGCUACAGGAUCUUCGAAUCAUCACCGAAGAGGCUGAAGCUCUCAGAGGACAACGAGAACUUCAAGGCCUCACUAUCCACAGCUGGAAUCACUCCAUCUACACCGGAGGACACAACAGUAAAGCGAGAAUGGAAAGAGGUACAGCUCAAGAUAUCCGAGACUGGAGUGAUGUCUGUCACAGGGAUAACAUCACCAGACUCCAAGAAAUUGAAGAAAGAGACUAUCGAGGAGGACCAGAGGAAAUUAGACGAGUCAGUGGCGAGUGUAAUGAAGCCCAAGAGAAAAACAGAGGACCAAAAAGACCUGGAGAACAAAAAAUCAGCUUCAAAGUCUCCAGAGGUCAGCUCAGAGGACAACAACAACAAGGAAAAAACCCUGAGCACCACGAUAACCGCUAUCACCACCACCAGCAUCAUCACUGCUGCACCCACAACUACAACCACCACAACAUCACAAUUCUCAUCCUCGACGUCGACAUCAGCAACGCCAUUACAAUCGAAAUCCCCAGAAGCAUCAAAAUCCAAAUCCUCUGAUCAAAAAUCCACAAGUGGAGGAUCAAAUUCUCAGAGUGGAUCAAAAAUUGAAUCAUUAAGUGCAAAAUUGCAAUUCCAACCAAAAGUUGGACCCAUUAAUCACACGUACUCGAAGAAAUCUCAAAAGGAGAAGAAGUCGUUCCUGGAGAAGAUGUUGAAAAAGGCAGAUGUCAAGCCUGAGAAGGAGAAGAAAUUAAUUCCACCACCACCACCAGCACCAUCACCCACGAAAUCACCGUCGAAAACAUCGACAACAACUCACGUGAAUAUUAACACCUUCGGUGGUUGCACGUACUCUACAGCCCCAUCACUCUCGAUCUCCCUGCAACCUCGAAGGAACUCCUCACCAGAUCGAGGUAAACAGGAGGAGAAUCAGAAGACUAACAACCAGAACUCCGAGCCCCUUAAUGUCCCUGUGAUUCCACAAUCGACAUUUCCCUUCUACAUGCAGAACUUGAUGGAUGGAAACGUGAAGAGCCCCUCGAAGUCGUCCUCAGUGGCCUCGUCGUCGCCCUCCUCAUCAUCGUCGUCACUCUCCCCUAAGUGUCAAGUGACCCAGUCGUUCAGCCUGCAAACCCCCUCCAUUAGCAUGUACUCAAUCCCUACCUCAUCAGCAAAGCACCAAAACACGUCAUCCACUCCAAUCACCUCGUCUUCAACAAGAACAAAUUCAAAAGGUCUUGAGAUAACGUCUGUCUAUUCGGUGCCACCGUGUCCUGACGCUAUACCCAUAUCCCUGAUGCACUCAUCAAAGCCCACAAUCAGAAAAACUGAGAUUCUAGCUAAGGGAACAAAUGUGAACGAGAUAUGCGCUAAAAUUAGUGAGAACUCUAGGGAAAAAGACAAGAUCAAAACUGAAACAAGAACGAGAUCUGAAAUUCCAGAUCUUCUCAAGAUACCUCUCAAGUCAUCGUCGUCAUUAUCAUCAUUAUCGUCAUUAUCGUCACCAUCCGAGUCAUCUAAACAUGGAACAAUUCCCAAUGUACCAAGCUACACCCCCAGCAAUUCUCUGACAAUAUCUCCAUCCGACUCCAAAGGAGCGUCCAAGAAUAUUCCAAAUCUAUCGACAGCAUCACCUCAGCUACUCCUUCAUUCAUCACCAAAGCUCUCCAAUCCAUCGAAAAAGCAGGGAACGGGUUUCAAAACCCUACGCGAUCCUCCAAGACCCUGGAAUCCAUCUCUCAGUCGGAAUAACUACGUGGCAGCAAAAAAUCAGGCGAAAGAAUUAGCAUCCGAGGGCUCAUCAAAUCCAUCGAGUAGUCUAUCAGGGAGUAAAACAAUAACGUCGAAACCUAAAAUAUUUAAAAACAGAAAUAACAUCCCCAGGUAUCUUGGGAAUCCAGCGUCUGGUGUGAAACCCCUCUAUGGGAACAAUGAAUCCAAGGACUCGAAGGAGUCUAGUACAUCCAAGUCUCCAAGUAUCAUCACUAAAAUAGAGCCCAAGACUCUCUCUCCCAUAUCCACAACAAAUUCUCCGAUUGUUUCACCACCUCCUUAUUCCCCAAAUGCCAGGAACUAUAAUGCUCCGUUUACGAGGGACAUUGGCAGAACAUCUGGCUCAUCGCUGUCUCCAAGAAAUUCACCUGUCAAUAUGUUCACUAAUCCAUUUAUUCCCAACUCGACACCGAACACUAAUCCCAGAAUUUUCCCCCAAGGAUUCAUGUCUCCUUUUAAUGACGCCGGUAGAUUCGGUGGACCCUUGAUGCGAUCCCCCAUGGGCAUCAGCUCAGCUUAUCACACUCUGCCACCUUCAAUUAACAGGUGUAUCCCCAGGAGUUAUUCAGGCUUGACUUAUCAGGGUUUGCAGGCACCAGCAGUCCAGAGGAUUCCCCCGAGUUCCCACUCGAGUCCCAAGAGUCCCAAAAUCAGUGGUAGUGCGGGGAAGGAGGAGGAGGGAAAGGGCGAGGGAAAUGCUUUUAAUUUGAGUAAAUCAGGUACGAGUAGUGGAGGUGCCUCUGGUGCAUCAAGCACAUCGGGUGCCUCAGACCUGUCGAAACCUCAUGAGGACAAGUCGGAGCCUCUUGGUAAGGCAGUGGGGAAAGAGAGGGAGAGGAGAAAGAGUCAGGAGGGAAAGGAGAAGGAGAAGGGAAAGGUCGAUGAGGAGAAGGUUGAGAAGGACCUGAAGGACCUCCGGGAGGAUCAGUCGACCUCCAAAUCUAGGCAGAAGGAUGAGCCGAAGGUGGAAGAGGAGGAGAAGAAGGAGAAGAAGGAAUUAGGUUCGACGAAUUCUUCCAAUUUAUCCAGUGGACCUGAAAAUAAACUCAAUGGUGUGAGCAAUCCUGAGGCUUCAGGCUCUUCAACGUCGCGCGAUAAGGCGACCGAUAAGACCAGUGAUAAGGAGGAGAAUGUCAAGGAUAAUAAAGUGAGUCAGAUCAAGGAGAAGGAGGAGGUCAUUGUCAAGGAGAACAAGUGCGAGGAGUUGAGUAAAGAGAUUAAGGCACAGGAGCAGAGGAGUAAACCUGAGUCUUAAGGGGUGUAUUAUAGUGUAAAUAGUGAUACCAAAAUUCAGUUUUUUGUUGGGUUUUCGAAAGUUUUCUUUUUUAUUUCAUUUUUGGGAGGGACGACAGGAUUAUUCCCUUGGGGAUAAUCAAUAUGUUUUGGAAUGGAGAUGUUUUUAGAUUUUAUGCAGGUUUUACAGAGGUUCAGGGGGCCUGAGGGAGAUCUUGUGAUUGGAGGAAUUGAUUGAGAGGGAUUCGUUGAAAAGACCUGUUUGGAAUUGGUUUUACCUGAAUUGGAGUGUCUUAGAUUAAUUUUGAGGCGUGAAUUCGGCUUCAAUUUUACUAAAAAUUUCAUCCCCUUUCUCGUGUCACACCUUCGGGGAAAAUUCCCCUGAUGAAAUAAUUGAUCCUCCAAUCAUUGAAUUCAACUCAUCCCAUCUCAGUGUAAAUUAUUCCUCAGUAAUGAAGAAGGGAAAUAAAUGGACAUGUAUUUGCUAGUUCGGGUGUACUAUUACGGAUAAACCCGAGUCUAAUUACGAGGGGACGAUGAUAAAAAGUAAUAUUUUAAUGAGGUAAAUCAUAGCAUAGAUGGCUCAAUGAUGAAUCAUUGAUGGAGAGUUAUCGAGGACAAAAACCGACAUUGUUCCCAAUAAUCAAUCAGCAAUUAAUGAGAAUUAGUGUUUUAGACUGUAAGUCUUAAAGAGGGAUUAAAACACAAGAUACAAAAAUUAUUAAUAUAAUGUUAUUUAAAUAACGCAUUUUUUAUAUCAUAGAUUGAUGAUAAAUUUGUAUAGUUUGCAAUGAAUAAAUACCACUUGUCUUAUUACGAAAAGUACAUACUGUAAUACGUAUGUAUCACUCAAUGAAGAUAAUUUUCAACUGAUUAAUUGAUGAGGUGUGCAUGAUUGGUGAAAUGAUCUGGGGUUAUUUAUCAAAUAAACUCAGAUUGUUUCAGUUUUACAACUGCAAUAUC